GCUGACCCGUUGGCACUCGCCGCGGCGCCGCCAAAGAACGAGACGGCGGAGGAGCGGGCGGUACGGGAGCAGCAGGAGGCGGAGGCGCAGCGGAUCAGCGAGAUGAUCGACGAGGCGCUGAGAGAGGAAGGGUCGGCGAUGCGGCAGCGGGAGAAGGCGCUCAAGAUUCUGCUUCUUGGUCAGAGCGAAAGUGGCAAAUCCACAACUCUCAAAAACUUCCGCCGCCUGUUUGCUCGCGACCAAUGGGAAAAGGAGCGUCUCGCAUGGCGCACUGUCAUCCAGCUGAACAUCGUCCGCGCCAUCAACACCAUCCUCGACACUCUCGCAGAUGAAUUCCUCGAGAACCCGCCCCCGACCCCCACCCGAUCCGUCCGCUCCCGCUCCGACGACUCACACACCUCCAAAGACUCCCUCCGCAGCCAGGCCAGCCCCACCACCGACAAGCUUCAGCUCCUCAGGCGCAGGCUCGGGCCCCUCCGCGGCGUCGAAGACGAUCUCAAGAAGAUGCUGGGGCCAUCCGAGGCACAAGAGCGUUCCCCGAGCACGCCCCUGUCUUACCUGAGCACCCGAGAUCGCGCAGAGUUCUACGUCCGCUCGGGCAACUGGCGCGAUACACUCCAGGUCCCGGGCGCCAGCGCUCGCUUCGGGCAGGGCAACAGAGCCUCGCGCGGUAAUCUGCGGGGUGGCCAGCCUGGAGCAGGUACUGCGACCGAGGCGCACGAGACGGACAGCGCGACCGAGGUGCUGGUUGGGUGCAAGGACGAUAUGAAGACGCUCUGGAAGGACGAGGCGGUGUGGGAGAUUUUGACCAGGCGCGAGGUCAAGUUCGAGGACUCGGCUGACUACUUCAUCUCCAACGCGGACCGUAUCGUCACGCGAGGUUAUGAGCCCUCGGACGAGGACGUCUUGAGGGCACGGUUACGCACCAUGGGCGUGCAAGAGUACCAUAUGACCUCCGAGGGUGAGUCCCUUCCAACGAAUAAUAUCGUAGACCCUAACCCAUUACCGCCUGCAGAUGGCUACAGCUGGCUGCUUUACGACGUUGGCGGCGCGCGUACGCAGCGCAGCGCCUGGCAACCCUUCUUCGAAGGCGUACACGCCAUCAUCUUUCUCGCCCCUGUCUCGUGCUUCGACGAGCGCCUCGAGGAGGACAUCCGCUUCAACAAGCUCGAGGACUCCUUCGUCCUUUGGGGUGGCAUCUGCAAGUCCAAGCUCCUCGCCAACACCACCCUCGUCCUCUUUCUCAACAAGUGCGAUCUACUCGAGGCCAAGAUCGCGAACGGGGCCAAGGUGAAGCGCUUUUUGCCGUCGUUUGGGGAUAGGCCGAAUACGACGGAUGCUGUCAUCAAGUAUCUUAAGCAAAAGUUCAAGGAUACGAUGAAGCAAAAUUCGCCUGAACGCCGGACGCUCUACAUAUAUCCUACUUCCGUUGUUGAUGCGGAAGAGACUACGAUCACGCUCAAUACGGUCCGAGAUUCAAUCUUGCGCGAAAAUCUCCAAAACGCCGACUUUGUCUAGAUCCCCGCCCACGUACAACACGCCCAUGUGUGGCAUAUACCCGCAUGUACCAGUCGGCGGCACGCCUUUGAGGGGGCAACUCGAUGACCAUCACGACCUCGCCGAUCUGUGCGGAACGAAUGUACUUCAUUUAGUAUAUCAGGCUUUUAGCUAAUUUACCAGAACGCGCUCGGGGUUUGCUAGAGUGCGCAUGAUCUCAUGGUUUUGUUUGACACCGACGUAUAUCGAUUCACUUAUACCCACUCGCUCCGCUCAGUUUCUUUCUUAGUUGCUUCUUCUUAUUGAUGAACCAACGUUUAGUCCUCAAUGAUUCAUGUACUUAUUAC